UUUUAGUGUCUCUUCCCUACUUCCGUCACCAAAAUCUGCAAAUCCAUCCAUGGUUUAAUCUUCAUUUGUACCACCAUCCUCCAUCACUCUACCCCAUAACCAAAUUUUCUGUCUUUUCAAACACCAAUCAAGAUUCAAUUUUUUAAACACACAGCUUGCAAGAUCCAAUAACCAUUUCCUUCAAAUUUUCAUGUAUUGCCGUUGACUAGUGAGAUACAGAGAGAGGGUAUGAAAAUUUUGGUUGGGUUUCUGUUUAUUUUGAGUUUGAAUUUUCAAAUUAUCGCCAUUGAUGCCAGACCCAACAAGUUGAUCUUAGUUUCUGCUAUCUCUGUUCAUGAAUCUUCACCUGCUGUUGCUCCCAUCUCUCCAAUGGCGAACUUCUCUCCUGGAACUCAUGUGGAUAUCCCAAGUCACGAAACGCAUUCAAACAAAAAGCUUGUUAUUGGUCUCAUUGCAGCCUCAUCUUUGAUGGGAAUCAUCUUAUUGCCCUUAAUCUGUUUGUGGAUUUGCCGCAGAAAGAAAAUGUACAAAUCUACCAAAAUUAAUGCCAAGAAAUUAGAUUCAUUGAGAGGAUUUCCAUUGACUUCAUUCAUUGGUAUAACUAAUAGCACUUUGAAACCGAGUAGCGAAAAGAAAUCCGUGGCUGUUAUGGAUUACAACUUACUAGAAGCAGCGACUAACAAUUUCAAAAGUGAGAUAUUAGGUGAAGGGGGAUUCGGAUGUGUGUAUAAAGCUCAGCUCGAAGAUAACUUAUUGGUUGCUGUCAAGAGGCUAGACAAUCAAAAUAUCUCCGCCAUCAAAGAAUUCCAGACAGAGAUUGAUAUAUUGAGUAAAAUCCAACAUCCGAAUAUAAUUAGCUUGUUGGGAUAUUGUGUUCAUGAUGAAACCAAACUACUUGUUUAUGAACUGAUGCAGAAUGGUUCUUUAGAAACUCAAUUACACGGACCUUCUUGUGGAUCCAAUUUAACGUGGCAUUGCCGGAUGAAAAUUGCUCUAGAUACAGCAAGAGGAUUGGAAUAUUUACAUGAGCACUGCAAACCAUCUGUGAUUCAUAGAGAUAUGAAAUCAUCUAACAUCCUUCUGGAUUCAAAUUUCAAUGCCAAGCUUUCGGAUUUCGGUCUCGCCGUGAUGAAUGGGGCCAAUACCAAAAACAUUAAGCUUUCCGGGACGAUGGGUUACGUAGCUCCUGAGUAUCUUUUAGAGGGGAAACUGACGGAUAAAAGUGACGUCUACGCAUUUGGAGUUGUACUCUUAGAGCUUCUACUCAAAAGGCGGCCUGUCGAAAAACUAGCACCAUCUGAGUGCCAAUCCAUCGUCACUUGGGCUAUGCCACAACUAACAGACAGAUCAAAGCUUCCGAGUGUCAUAGAUCCAGUGAUCAGGGACACAAUGGAUCUUAAACACUUGUAUCAAGUGGCUGCUGUAGCUGUGCUGUGUGUUCAACCAGAACCGGGCUACCGGCCGUUGAUAACCGACGUCUUACAUUCCCUUGUUCCUCUCGUGCCGGUCGAACUUGGAGGGACUCUAAGAGUUGCAGAAAACAGGGUUGCAGCAACACUUGAGCCAUGAACCCAGAGUUUUUGAAGUCAAAAUAGAUAAAGAUGUAAUUAUUUCUCUAAUCGUAUACUUACAUCUCGUAAAUGUUUUGAUAACAUUUGUCCAAUUUUAAUCAUUCAUAUCAAGAAGCAUAAAUGAUCAA